GUCAAUCUCGAGCUCUUGUCUCCACUUUCACGUCAACCUCGUCAAUCUCAACGUACAUUGAUUCUUGAGCUGACCAAGUGUUUUAUGAAUGCGUUGGCGCUUGUCUUCGUUUUCUCAGCCCUUGUGAAUCAUUCUGUUCGCUAGCUGAGCUUUCUUCUGCAACGGCGACAUCGGCGGCAAUGGGCAGGCUCGAUCAAUAUCAAGUGUGGUCUCCAAAGAGAGGAAGACAGAUGGAAAGCCCCUAGGCUGGUCACGCGACACAAAUUGUGGGCUUUUCUGGAAAAGAGACACACGUGCUUCAUCUCGGCGCUAAAGGGAGCUGAGAGCUGAAAAGUUGAAGAAGGUGACAGGCUGUAGCAAGGUCUUAGCUUGACAGGCAGGCGGUUUCGAAGCUAGAUCCACCAGCUGCUUUAGUCCACUGAUAGCCUGCUCAUUGACAGCGUUUGGGGUUUGGCGAUGGCAAAGGUGGACAUCCCGUAUACGGUCAAGUUUCACUACAGGAAGGCAAAGUCGUGGGUGAGGUCAAAGUACUCAGCCAUCGUCAAGCCUUACGGCAACUUGAAGGAAGUGCAAGGCUUGAGUCCCAGGACACCAGACUACGGCAGAACUCCCUCCCUCCCUUACAAAGGCGCACCGAACGCUGACUCUGCACCUCAGUCCCCACAAGCGCCACGGUCAAACGUUCAAGUUUCAUCAGCAGUUCAUCCAGAAGAACAAAAUCAAAGGCAGCUCCAAGUGUACUCCCCACCAAAGUAGCCAAGUGUGUAUAUCUUCAAGCCUGUAAAUGUUCUAGUUUAGAGGUGUUGAGCGACAAUUGCAGUUGGACUGUACAAUACAUGCAGAGUCCCGAAUCAUGUUGAUUAGCUAGGCAGGAAAGUGGAACUUCAGCAUUUGCCCAGAGAGAAGUUCAUAAAAGCUAAAAUUAGCCUCUCACCGUGACUGUCAACACCACAUACAUUCUGAUCAUUGGAUGGACAUCUGCAAUCUGGAGGAUGAACGUCUUAUAGAUUAGUUUC